UAGCCGACCGAUUAUGUGUUCCAUCCUUGUCUAGGGGAGUGCUAACUUGCUCUCCUUUCAAACAACACGUUUGCACCAAAUGCCACCCGCUUUUUAUACGCUUGCUUCGCGGAAAAAGAACUUGGGAAUUUUAAGGGCGCAGUGCACGGAAAUUAGUGAUAUGCAGAUAGCAAAUUCUACAUAGUGUGCAUCAAUACCUAAUAAUGACAUCUAAUUUUGCAUAACUUAUUUAAAAUUUGCCUUUAACAUUGACACUGAAAUUAAUGGGCUGACUGAUUUCCCGUUUUGGGUACCUGCAACGUGACAUUGGCGAUUGACUCCAAAUGACCACAAGGGCCACCGAUGACCCAGUCAUUAACCACACGACCACGUUUAACCACCCAAAAUUAUUUAAUCCAUACACGUAGUUCCCGAAAAACAUAUAAAAAGACUGGACAUGAACAUCGAAGCCAAUAUGUGCAGCUACAUGAAGUCAUCCUGUUCCUUGCUGGUCCUAAUCCUGGCACUUGGAGCGGUUUCAGCUCAGCCGGCGAGACUGGCAAAGCAACUACAGAAACAGCAGGCAGCACCGUACCCAUCCGCCGAGGAACUGAAGCCAGAGGUGCCAUUCGAGGAAGGAGUGCCCGAUCAGACUUAUGGACCACCGGAUCUGACCUACGGACCACCGCCCACCGAUGCAGUCGAGCAGCUACCCAGCGAUGAGGAGCCGCAAGACUUUACACCCGAUCCGGAUGCAGAGGAGGUGCAGCCCAUCCAGCAGUCUCCCGCUCGCCUGACCAAGCAGAUUAGGAGUGGUCCACGAUCUCAAGGACUGAUUUUGCUAUCUUCGAGUCCAUUGAGAGUGGCUAAUUCCAAUGGAAUCCCAUUUCCAGUGACCAUUCAAGCCCUGUGGUAGGAAUACUAAAGAACACUCUUGGUACUGAUUUUUAUAAACGUUAUGUUAAUUAUUGUCUUUGUUACCGGUUGAACUAUUAAAGAACAUUUGUUGAUACACCGAA